UAGUGAUCGAAUACUUUAUUAUGUGAAAAAAUGCAGAGUGGUGUCAAGAAAAAAUGGGACUUUUUGAAAUCGCUUUAGCAGCACUAUGUUUGAAUGCAACAUGUCCAAGAGAGGAAGAGCCCCCUGGCUUUCCCGAAGUUCAAUAUCUUGCCACCAGUUUGAGUGACCGUAAAACGUUGUUUGCGCAAUUAUCUGAACAGUUAAAAAAUGAAAAUUUAGUAAUUACAACACUUAAGAAUGAUCGGUUGAGUGGUACUGAAAAAAAGAACAAUAUCAUUUUUGGCAAAGGAGUAGCUUUCGAUCUUCUCAAUAUUUUGCAAGAUAAAUUCAAAUUUAAUUAUACCAUAAUUGAACCGAAAAUUAACGUAUGGGGGUCGGAAAAGUCUGGAGUUUUAGACUUACUCAAAGAAAAAAAGGCGAAUUUAUCGGCCGCUUUUCUCCCAGUUUUAACUCAAUAUUCGAAUUACAUUUCUUACUCUCCAAGUAUAGAUACAGGAGAAUGGGUAGUACUCAUGAGACGGCCCAAAGAGUCAGCUACUGGGUCGGGACUGCUAGCACCUUUCACCCUACCUGUGUGGUUAUUAAUUUUGUUGAGUUUGGUUGUCGUAGGUCCCGUUAUACAUUUUAUUAUUUAUUUGCAAGCAAAGUUGUGCAAAGAUGAUAAUAACAAAGUGUUUCCUCUCCCGGCAUGUGUCUGGUUUGUGUACGGGGCGCUUUUGAAACAAGGCACUACGCUAAAUCCUAUGACAGACUCCUCGCGUUUGUUAUUUGCGACAUGGUGGAUUUUUAUCACGAUUUUGACCGCUUUCUACACUGCUAAUUUAACAGCAUUUUUGACUCUAUCAAGAUUUACUUUGCCAAUCACUGAACCUAAAGAUAUAGGAGCUAAGGGAUAUAAAUGGGUGACAACAAAGGGAAAUGCUUUGGAAGAUACAGUAACUGUAAAUGAUUCUUUGACAGAACUUGGAAAAAUGUUAGGGCAACCUCAACGCUACCUUUACGUUUCGGAUUCAGAAAUUUUGAGCACUUUUGUUCAGAAAAGAGACUGGAUGUUUAUAAGGGAAAAACCAAUAGUGGAAUAUGUCAUGUAUGAUGAUUAUAAAGAAAAGACCAGAAACCAGAUUGAGGAAACCAAACGAUGCACUUACGUUAUAACAAAAUUUUCAGUAGUGUCCUUUUCUCGAGCCUUUGCUUACUCGAAGGAUUUCAAAUACAAGCCGUUAUUUGACUCAACGAUACAGUACCUUGUCGAAUCCGGAAUAAUUAAAUUUAAACUCCGGGAAGAACUCCCGGACACAGAAAUCUGUCCACACAAUUUAGGCAACAAAGAACGCCAAUUACGCAAUUCGGAUCUCUUGAUGACUUACGAGAUAGUCGGUGGUGGUUUCAUCAUUUCGGCUACUAUUUUUAUAAUAGAAUUGGUAAUUCGUCGGCAACCAAAGAACACGCACAUUUUGAAAAAUUUGCCGUUACAAAAUCCAAACAAACACACUUUUGAAGUUAAUCUCAACAAUAAUUAUGAAAAGUUUGGAUAUUUUCCUUACACAUCAAAGUUUGUAACACCACCUCCACCUUAUCAUACGUUGUUUAAUCCCCCGAAUAAGAACGAUAAUAUUAAGAAGAAAAAUUUCAAUGGGAGAGAGUAUUGGGUUUAUGAUUCGAUUUCGGGAGAAACAAAGAUGAUACCAAUGCGCACACCUUCAGCUUUACUUUUCCAAUACACGAAUUAAGUGUGAAAAUAUGUGUAUCUUUUGAAUGUAGACUUAGAGCGUGUGACAAUUGUGACAAGAA